AUGGCUGAAACGACUGAAUCAGAGAUAAAACGGUCCGAUACCACGGCGACUGACAGCUCUGGCCAGUCUAUGCAAGAUGUCCAGCCAUCAUCUCCCACAAAUACCACAAUUUCCUCCAACCCAAACGCCUCGGAACAAGCAUCAAGUCAAUCCAGACCUGCAACGUCCGCGGGCAGAAGAAGAAAGGUUCCUGAUUCAGUCACUCCCAAUGCCUGCACGAAUUGCAAGAAGGCGAGGGCCAAAUGCGACGGCGUCAAGCCUGCCUGUCGACGCUGCGUGCAACGUCACGUCUCAGGAUCUUGUCAUUACGAGAUACAUGCCAAGACAGCAAAGGAGCAGAUGAUUCGAGAAAUUCAACGUCUGCAGCGGAAGAAUGAACACUUGGAAGAGGAGAAGGAUUCAUUAGGGGAAAAGAACAGCUGGAUCGAGAAAAUCAUAGCUUCACUCAAAGACGAUGGACAGGGUAUCGAGAUCAUUGGCAGAAUAAAGCGCGGCGAAUCUAAUCGAGCGAUUGCUGAGUGGCUUGGGCGGCCUUCGGUCGGAUCAGGUACCCAGGCACUGUCUCCCACAACCGAAUUUGAGAUCGGUCAAGCCAUCGAACAGUAUCAUCGAAACUUGGUCGAGAAUCAUGAUCCUCGCUUUUGGACCAACGUGUCCACGGAAGCGGAACUGAUCGAGCACCUGGUCAAGUUGUACUUUACCUGGAUACAUCCCGUUCAUAUGCUGUUCGACGAGGCGCACUUCACGUCAAGCUUCAGGGACUGUGCGGAUGUUUACUGUUCGUCAGCCUUGGUCAACAUCAUCUGUGCCAUGUCCUGUCAUCUUCUCCACGACACGGGGAGCGACGAUGAGCAAACAAAGUCUGGAAUCCAAUCUCUUCAGACACAGUUCAUCAAUGAAACAAAAUCUCUGAUGAAGCAUGCGGACUGUGCGAAGAUGACCUCGAUACAGACUUACGCAAUAAUGUUCCUCGUUGAACUUGGAUCCGGACACGGUCUCAUUGCUUCUUCGCACCUAAGGUUGGCUGUGGAAAGCUUGAUUGCCAAGCAAACAUCAGAGCAGUCUUCUGAAGCGGAGGAAGUGGCGGCAUGGGGGAUUCUGACCUUGCACACUGCAUGGUCAGGUCUGACCUAUCAAAAACCCAUCGCUCCUAUCUCGACGCGUGCCAACCCUUUUGCGAACAUUGCUGUAGACCUACUUGGAGGUAAAUGGAAUAUGCAUCAGCAACCUGGCGACAGUAAGCUGGAAACUGGGGAAGAGAACGCCGACGACCGACAGAGCUUCGCAGCCUUGACCGCUCGUGAACAUGCAAAGCUCUAUCGCAUCGUCCACGAAUGCAUUCUUGUCUACUGCGGCAAUCGUGGUAAGGUUUCGGCCAAUCCCGUAUUAGAUCUUUUCCAGCGGUUCUUUAUAUGGAAAGAUGAACUACCCCCAGUUCUUCGAAGCGUCGAGGGCCAACCGCUUCCUCAUGUUCUAUACUUACACCUUCAAUACCACACUGCUAUCAUUCAGCUGCUCCUGCCACUCCUGCAUCUCGAUCACUAUCAUCAGGAGUCAUACGAACAACUCGUACGAUUCGUCGUCGACCAUGCAAAAAUAGGCGUGCAACUUUUGAUCCAAUACAAAAACAUCUAUACCAACUAUUACCUCUCGCCACUUCAAAUUUUUUGUCUGGUUCACUUGUGCGAUGCGGUAGUGCGGUACGACGGUCAAGGUGAUACGACCCCUAGAACAGUGGAAUUUUGCCUCACCUCCCUCGAAGAAGCCAAGGUCGGCUACCCCGUUGCGGGGCCUUUGCAGAAGAUGUUCCGUCUCUCUCUCACUGAAUACGGUGUCCCUGUCCCCGACGAGCUCGAGUAUAUGAUGGGCGUAUCAGCACGCAUGGGGCCCGAGGAACUGCUGGAUGCGUGCACAAGAUCGACUUACAAACAGCCGAUCACGCAAUUCUUGCCCAACAUGGAGGCAGGAUUAGGACAAGAUUUUAUGAAUGAGUGGCAGCGUUUGACUGAGGGCACGUCUGCGGGACCGCCGCCUGGAGGAGAGUCUGGCUCUGGAUCAUCUGGAAGAGAGGGGAGGUUAAAGAUUGGCUCGUUGUUGAACAUGUGA